UGUAACAAGUGUAAUAGGUUUAAGAGCUUUCGACGAAAUUUAAAUUGGAGAUUUUCUUUUUCCUUUCCCUCUCUCGAAUCGAGCAAGGGGGAAAAACGUUCGUUACAUAUGUAUAUCUUGUCCGUUCCUCUUUCCUUUGGGAUUUAUCGAUAAACCAUCGCGCCGUCGUGUUGUAUGUACAAAGGGGGCACGGCUUAUCUGGAAUAUCCGUGGAAACAUUACACGGUUCUCCACCGUAACGAAGGAGAGAUAAAAGGAGGGGGAAUAGAUGAUUUAUAAAGGCGCGAGACGCGAUUGCACAGCGAUCAUUCUUUACGCGGAAAGAAGCACGAGAGGGCGUACACGAUUGAACUCGCGUUCAUCAGAUAAGUUCUCCUCUCGUUCCCUCUCCUUUCGAUGUGUAUGUUCGCGUGAGUGCGACAGAUAAGCAAACUAUUGCACAACGUUGCGUUUACCGCACGACUACUGGACAUCAAAAUAUUUGGAACGUUUUCGAGUUCCUCUUAGGAAGGAAAAACAAAAAUAGUGGACCGAGUCUGUGACAAACAAGUCGACGGCCGAAGAAGUAAGAAAUAUAUUCCAAAGGAGUUCAGUGAAGUGUUACGAAGAAGUUACAAAUCGGGGAGGAUAGAAUCGGCUAUGAUCGACGUGGAAAAACUUACCGAUAUGAGCUGUCGAGGACUACAAUCUUUUUCGUUGAGCACGAUGGCGGAAAGCGCAAAGCCAACGUGGAACAUGGAGUCUCGAAAUUGCAAGUGUUCACGCGGAAGCAACAUAACCUGCGGCAUGCUCCCGACUCUACGUGUCCUGGCAUCUCGAGAAUGCAACGAUCAAGGCAGUAUCUGUAUGGUACCGCUCGACGUCAAGAUGGAUGCUGCUAGUCAUCUUCAAAUGAUUUUACUCGAGGCUUACUGCCGUGAAAUUGGAAUAAGAGUAUCGAGAGUACCGCUACAUACGCUGCAAAACUUACUGGGUCCAGGACAUUCGGAUCUCUCUUGCGUUCUCAUUGACGAACCUUAUUCCACGGAUCCACCUGAAUGAGGAGGAAGGGUUCAGUCUCUCUUCAGAUACGAUAUUGAAAAUUGAACAUUGAAAAUACGUCAAAAGACGGGUGAAUAUACACUUACGUGCGCUUGAAUCGGCGCGGGAGGAACACAACCAUCGAGCUACGACGAUGUUUUCCUUUUUUCUUUUUUUUUUCUUUUUGGGGAUUGAUUCUCGUGCCUUCGGAUUGGUCAAUUCUUCUACGCAGAAAACGCAUGACCUACAUCUUUACAGCGAAUCGCUUUCACGUUUACGUCAUCUUCUUACGUGACUUCGCUCUAUAAUGUAACGAACGUCUAUGGAUUAUCAAUAUGAUUAUAUUUUUUCUAUUAUAUGGUACAAUUCAUAUUGAUUUGUACAAUCGAUUGUUAUAAAGGGAAAUAAAAAUAUGAUAAAGUAAUAUGAUGAUUAGA